GGAACCUCCCUUCGCUUCGCCUGCGGGGAGUUCCGAUUUUACGAAGGUGUGGAACCUUUGCACAAUGUGCACCUGCGGGUCGUGGAUCAUUUCAGUGGGAAAAUGAUAGGAAAGACAUGGCGGACAGUCCUGGAGGAGCAGAUGCCGAUCCUCGUGUGGUUGCCGCGAUAUCCCAAGGAGAAUCUGUCAGUAGACUUUGCUGGAGCGAUGACUUUGGGGUGCAUCCUGAUAGGUCAGUCACUGGCUCACGCAAACUUGUGUAUGGUGAACUUGAUCAAUGGACCUUACAGCUGCAUGCUUCCACCAAUUGUGUACGCCUUUUUUGGCACAUGUGUCCAUGCAUCAGUUGGCACUGGAGGACUUGUGAGCCUUUUAACUGGUGAGGUGAUGUCAGACCAGGGGGACUUGGCCGAGCGCACCAAGAGGGUCGCCAUUCUCACUGCCCUGGUUGGCAACUUGCCCAACCAAGGGUUCAUCAUGGCCCUCAUGGGACUUCUCCAGUUGUCCUUCUUGGUUCGCUUUCUCUCACGACCCGCCCUGAGCGGAUUUAUAACAGCAAGCGCUUUGCUGAUUAUGCUUUCCCAGGUUGCUCCAAUGUUGGGCCUUCCCAACUGGGCGAGCAAGGGAGGCAUUCUCAAUGUUUUAAGGCACCAUAUCAAGUACCUUGAGCUGAUGGACCCCGCCACGACUGGCCUCAGUGUGGUUGCAGUCAUCUUUUUGAUGAAUGCCAAGAAGCUUAAGAAGGUGCGCUACUUGAAGUUUAUUGGGGACUUCAAGGAGUUAGUCUUGUUAGCGGCUUCAGCAGUCUUUUGCAACUACUACAAUCCAUCAGUUGAUGCGGAACUUCAGAUCAAGAUUGUGGGUGAGAUGCCAGCCGGCUUACCAAGCUUCGUCAUGCCUGUGCAAAGCCCUGAAGACUGGAAGAUCGUGAAGGAGUUGAUUCCUGGUGCCAUUCUCGUUGCGUUCGUCGUUUUCCUGUCUUCAUUCGCUGGGGCAAAGAAGUUUGCUAUGCAGGAUGGAUAUCAGAUCCGGGCAUUCAAUGAGCUCAUGGGCCUGGGUAUUGCCAAUUUCGUGGGCGCUUUCUUUGGUGCAGUGCCCACCCAGAUCGGCCUCAGCCGCAUGGGUAUUGCACAUCAGGCUGGAAUCCGGAGUCAGCUGGGAGCCAACAUCCUCGUGGGAGUGGUUGUAUGCUUGGGAGUUGUCCUUUUCAGCAGGUACAUUGAGCAUGUGCCAAUGUGCGUUCUGAAUGCGAUCAUUGUGAAUGGAGCAUCGCACCUCACUGAGUUUGAUCAGGCAAAGGACCUGUGGGCUUACGCAACAAACGAGCGGUACAAUUGGAAGACACGAGGUGAUAUGCUCACAUGGAUCGUCGGCUUCAGCUGCACACUUUACUUUGGUGCAUUCCAAGGCAUGCUCUCAGCAGUAUUCGCUUCUCUGAUAAUUAUCCUCUACCAGGUGGUAAAUCCGGACAUUGUGCAGCUGGGAUUUCGAGCCAGUGACCACCUUGAGGAUGACAGGGCACGGAAGUGGAUGGCUUUGGAUAGAGAAGGUGCUACCAGGGAGCCUGGAAUCCUGGUCUUGCGUCUCGAAGGCCCCUUGUUCUAUGCAAACGUUGAGCGCUUGCAGGAAUGGGUGGAGGAGGAGGAGUUGGAAUUGCAAGAGAAGGAAGAUAUCAUCGGCAUUGUGCUCUCAGCUUCAGCUAUUCCCUUCAUGGAUACCACUGCUAUUCACUCCUUGGUAGCCCUUUCCAAGACGUGUGCUGAUAGAGGCACUUUGUUUUGUAUGGCCAACACCUUUGGCCAGACAGGGCGCAUUGCACAAGAUCAGUUGGAACUAAUCCUCGAAGAUGCUGUGAAGGAUCCCUUUCUCAAAUCGCAAGUCCGCAAUUGCUCCAGUGUGGACGACUUCAUUCUUCUGAUUCGAAAAUAUCGAGAG